AACUCGUCAGCGUCACAGUGCUAAGGACAAGGAAGGGAUAUUGCGGGCUGAACUGAUAAAGGAAGAAGAUGGGUCAUUCUGGCUUGCAAACCAAAAAUCCCAGUUCGGCCUCUGGAUCCAAUCAUGAGCUAUCGAACGAAAAUGCGAAUGAGCCAAAGGAAAAUUGGGAAACUAAGCUCGAGAACCGCCUGUGCAGGCAGUACGAGGAGAAGGUGCGCCCCUGCAUCGACCUCAUCGACUCCCUGCGGGCCCUGGGCGUGGAGCAGGACCUGGCCCUGCCCGCCAUCGCCGUCAUCGGGGACCAGAGCUCGGGCAAGAGCUCCGUGCUGGAGGCCCUGUCGGGCGUCGCCCUCCCCAGGGGCAGCGGUAUUGUGACAAGAUGCCCCCUGGUGCUGAAACUGAAAAAACUUAAGAGUCAAGAGAAGUGGACAGGCAAGAUCAGCUACAAGGACAUCGAGAUUAACCUUUCCUCGCCUUCAGAGGUAGAGAAGGAAAUCAGCAAGUCCCAGAAUCUCAUGGCUGGGGAAGGUGUGGGGAUCAGUCACGAGCUCAUCAGCCUGGAAGUCAGCUCCCCGCACGUCCCAGAUCUGACCCUCAUAGAUCUUCCUGGCAUCACCAGGGUGCCUGUGGGCAACCAGCCACCUGACAUCGAGUAUCAGAUUAAGACACUUAUCAGGAAGUACAUCCAGAGGCAAGAGACCAUCAACCUGGUGGUGGUCCCCUGCAACGUGGACAUCGCCACCACAGAGGCGCUGAGAAUGGCUCAGGAGGUGGACCCCGAGGGAGACAGGACCAUAGGAAUCCUGACAAAGCCCGACCUGGUGGACAAAGGCACGGAAGACAAGGUAGUGGACGUGGUGCGAAACCUCGUCUUCCACCUGAAGAAGGGCUACAUGAUCGUCAAGUGCCGGGGUCAACAGGACAUCCGGGGCAAGAUGAGCCUGGCCAGCGCUCUGUGUAAGGAGAAGGAAUUCUUCGAGGCACACCCACAGUACAGGGAACUCCUCAAGGAGGGAAGAGCCACGGUGCCCUGCCUGGCGGAGCGACUGACCACGGAGCUCAUCGAACACAUCUGUAAAUCUCUGCCCAAGUUAGAAAACCAAAUAAAGGAGAAGAAGGAGAAAGUUACAGAGGAUUUACAGAAGUGUGGGACGGACAUCCCGGAAGAAGAAGGUGAAAAAAUGAUCUUUCUGAUUGAAAAAAUCAAAGCAUUUAAUGAGGACAUCCGCACUUUAAUAGACGGGGAGGAGUUCGUGGAGGAGGGUGACACUCGGAUGUUCAACAAAAUCCGGAAUGAGUUUUGCCGAUGGAGCCAAAAGGUUCAUGCCAGUUUCCAGAAGAGUUAUCAGAAAACUGUGAACAAGAUCAUAGAGUUUGAAAAUCGGCAUCGUGGCAGAGAGCUGCCAGGAUUUGUGAAUUACAAGACAUUUGAGAACCUUGUUCGAGAGCAACUUAAAACCUUGGAAGAGCCAGCUCUGGACAUGCUGCACAACGUAACCAAAAUAGUCCACGUUGCCUUCUCAGAUGUCACCAAGAAAAAUUAUGAGGAAUUUUUCAACUUCCUCAAAGUCUGCAAGGCCAACAUCGAAGACAUUAAGGUGAAACAAGAAGAAGAGGCUGAGAAGUGCAUCCGACUUCAGUUCCAGAUGGAGCAGAUCAUCUACUGCCAAGACCACGAGUAUCAGACUUGGUUAAGGAAGAUCAGAGAGACGGAAUUGCAACAAGAAAAGACGAAAUCCUCCAGCAUGCCUUCCGAAAAGAAGUCUUCCCAAAGCUUCCUCGAUGAGAUCCACCAACACCUGUGGGCCUACCACCAGGAGGCCAGCAAACACCUGUCCAGCCAGAUCCCCCUGAUCAUCCAGUUCUUCAUGCUCCGGUCGUUCGGCCAGAAGCUGAACAACGCCAUGUUGCAGCUGCUGCAGGACAGGGAGAACUACAACUUGCUCCUCACAGAGCGCAGUGACACCAGGGACAAGAGGAAGUUCUUGAAGGAGCAGCUUGUACGGCUGACAAAGGCUCGGCAGGAGUUAUCCAAAUUCCCCAGUUAAGUUGAGCCCUAUCCCGCCCGCGUCUCCGUGACUCCUCUCCCCGAGAGCUAUACCUUUGCUAGUCACCCACGACCUCCUAGGAAGCUGUGAUGAGCCACUCGGUCUCUCGCAUGAGACUCAAGGGCCCACCCUCACGAAGGAUGUAGUUUAGGUUGGGUGGAGGCUGUCUGUCAUCUUCCCAGGCACUCUCCAUGUCUGUGUCAGAGACCAGCACCCGCGAGCUCCAUAGAAGGGCUAUCUCCUGCUUCUUUUCCACAACCUCUCACUCACGCGAUGUUUUGGGACCAUUAGUACCAUGUGUAUGCAUGCUGUAGGAGUCACACCCCAUCCAUCUGUAUUAAACUCUUUCUAACAGACA